AUGAUUGAGCUUGGCCUUGCUCGGGUCUUCCGCCUUCUGGCACGCACGCCUUUGCCAUGGCGGGCAUUACAUGUUGCUGGAACCAAUGGAAAAGGAUCAAUAUGCGCCUACAUAUCUGCCAUGCUUACGGCGUACAAUGCUUCACAACUACGGACUGAAUCUGGCAAACCACCUAUUAAGCAUGGACGCUUCACAUCACCACAUCUGAUUGAUCGCUGGGACUGCAUCACCAUCGACGAGAAGACCAUCUCCGAAGUCAUCUUCAGACAAGUCGAAGCAAAGGUCUUGGCUCGCAACAUCUCGGAGAACAUCCAAGCAACAGAAUUUGAGUUACUCACUGCGACUGCCUUCGAGAUCUUCACCCUCGAGAAUGUCGAUAUCGGAGUCAUUGAAGUUGGUAUGGGAGGUCGUCUCGACUCGACCAAUAUCCUAGGUCAAACCUCUGAAUUCGACGAGCUGGAACCAAACCAGCAAAACAGACCCAAGCCUCUAGUCACAGCCAUAUCAACCAUCGCCCUGGACCACCAAGGCUUCCUCGGAAACACCCUUCAAGAGAUUGCCACGCAAAAAGCUGGUAUCAUGAAGUCAGGAGUACCUGUAGUGCUAGCCAUGAACAACGAAGCCGUAACCAACCACAUUCUCAACCUCGCCUCCAAAGCCGGCGUAACACAAAUCCUCCAUUCAAAAGAUACAGCAGGCUUCGACGUUACACGCGCGUCAAGCAAAACCAACGCAGCACAUGCCCGCCAACAAAAUGGUGCUAUGGCAUUCACAAUCACCUGGUUGGCGCUGAAGCAAUUAAAUCGUCUGCCUGCUCCUCCUACCACGCAAGCCGCUUGUGGUUCUUCAACUCUGCGUAAUGAAAUACGCACUUCGUCGCUCUCUUCUCUUGCUGCUGCAUUACGUGCAGUACCGGAGAAAGUCGUUUGGCCUGGUCGUUUGCAAGAUAUCAACUUGGCGCCUCUUACAAGCUAUACACCUACCGCUCUGCUUGAUGGCGCUCAUAAUGCAGAAUCAGCGACUGUGCUAGCAAAUACUGUACGGACCCGUGCUGGAUCUCGUCCAGUGGUCUGGGUCCUCGCUGCCUCGAAAGGAAAAGAUUUGGCCGGCAUGUUUGAACUGCUACUUGCCGGAAGACCUGACGACGGCGUUGUGGCGACCGAAUUCGGAGCCGUGGACGGUAUGCCUUGGAUCACAGCAACAUCGGCCGAAGAUGUCAAGGCUGCCGCUGCGGGCGUUCUGAGCCAAGACAAUGUGAUGGUUGAGAAGGAUAUCACAGCUGCUCUGAAGAAGGCAUCCAGAUUAGCAGAGGAGAAGGACGCUUUGCUAGUCAUUGCAGGAAGUCUGUAUCUGGUGGGCGAUGUUCUACGUUUAGUACGCAGUGCAGGUGGCAAGAUCGAUUGA